GGGGCAACAAGAUCGUCGCCUUUUACUUGAGGAACCCUUACGCCAGGCUUACCUUGCUCUACUCCCAUGGCAAUGCAGCUGAUCUGGGCCAACUCUACGACCUCUUCGUUCAGCUUAAAACCAAUCUCAGAGUCAAUCUCCUUGGUUAUGUUUAUCAUCUUGCGUGAAAGUGAUGGGUUUCUGCAGCCACUCACCUAUGAUCGGCUAAAAGUAUUUUGAUGGGCCCUUUGGAUAGUGACGUCCAGUGAUUUCUCUACUUUGUUUUUGAUCUUUAUUUAUCGGGUGUUCUUGAUUUCUGUUUAUCUGUGUUGUCAUCGACUGUUUCACUUUUAGGUUUCAAUCUUCGAUAGCAUUUCUUCUCAAAUGCUCUUCCAGGGACAAUUCAAUUGUCUCUGUAUUUGCACAAUUUUUAUAGACAUUAGUGUGACAUUGCCUGGUGAUCAGCUUCUUUUAAUGAUGUUUAUUAUCGUGUCGGCUCGCCUUUUAAUCUGUCGUUUUCUGUCUCUAAUUCAAUAAGUAUAGGCUGAUUUAUAUGCCAUCUAUGGGAACUUGUGUGACUUUACUGUAAUUUAGCCUUUCAUCCAUGAAUUUUAUGUGACUUUUAAAGUGUAUGCUUUGUUUUAUUCAUCGUUUGAUUGAUGUCAAUGUCUUUUGGAUUGCACUGUCUUUUCGUGUAUAAUGUAAUAAAUUGGCAUGUGGUGUUGAUGAUUGUUUCACAAUUGAUUCUUCCAUGAAACUUAUGCGAAUCUUGACGAGUAUUUGAGAUUGCUUGAUCAACUUGCAUUAGCAUCCAACUUUUUUUUUGGCUGCAUUAAAGUGAAUAUACCUAUGGAUCUCAUAAAAUGAAGAUUAUCGUGACUUUUCCACGGUUUUAACACGCCUUCUUCCACGUGUGAGUCUUGAAGUAUGUUAUUUAUUCACUUGCCUUUUGCUUAAACCUUUUUCGACUUUAGUCCAAUAAGUAGGAGAGUGAUUGAUGUCACUUUUCCCACAAUGUGUAUGUGAAUCUUUGGGUUGUUACCUUCUUCGUUUUCCUUGUGAUUGUGAUUCCACAUUUAUAUUAAUGUUACUUUCUUGUUUGCCAUCGGCAUCUUUUAUGAAGUUUACAGGAAUCUUGAAGACAUCACACCGACAUAUUUGCUCCUUGGCUUUCGAUUAUCCUGUUUUCUCUAUAAUGUAUUUUCAUAUACAUUAUCUAGUGAACUUUUACAUUGAUACUGUGUUGGUUCUGAUCCCACUUUGCAGGUAUGAUUAUUCUGGUUAUGGAGCUUCCACCGGUAAGCCAACUGAGUACGAUACAUACGCUGACAUUGAGGCUGUAUACGAGUGUCUUCAAACCGAGUAUGGGAUUGGCCAAGAAGAUUUAAUCCUCUAUGGGCAAUCCGUCGGAAGUGGCCCUACAUUGCAUUUAGCUGCUCGGUUGCCGAGGCUGAGAGGUGUGGUUCUUCACAGUGCCAUUCUAUCCGGCCUUCGUGUGCUCUGUCAUGUAAACUUCACUCCCUGUUGUGAUAUUUACCAGAAUGUAAAGAAGAUCCGAAAGGUGAAGUGUCCUGUGCUCGUCAUACAUGGCACAGAUGACGAUGUUGUAGAUUGGCAGCACGGAAACGUGCUAUGGAAAAUGGCGAAGGAUCCCUACGAGCCAUUGUGGAUUAAAGGCGGUGGGCACUGUAACUUGGAGCUGUAUCCUGAUUACAUCCGUCAUCUCUUCAAGUUCGUUCAAGAAAUGGAGAAUAUGACCGCCAAAGAUCUACUCAAGAAGUUCCGCGACAAAGACUCCUCUCUUCAGCAACACACAAAGGCUGGUUGCGGCAUUUGCUGUUGCUGCCCAAAUAUAUGCUGCAAAUGUAAACUCAAAAGACCCAAAUGCCCGCGCUGUCGAUGGCCAAAAUGCCCGAGUUGUUUCAAAUCUUGCUGUGGAUGCGCCAAAUGCUCGGAAUUCUUCAAAUCUUGCUGCGGAUGCACCAAAUGCUCGAGUUGUUUCAGUUCUUGCUGCGGAUGGCAGCGACCAAAGUGCAUUGCGUGGAAGCCGAGCUGCUGUCUCGCUUGCUGCAGGCCCAGUUGCUCGAUCCGCUGUAAAAAAGGCUCGUGCAAGUGCGCGACGUGUUUGUGCUCUUUCGACGCCAAGUGCUCGUGCUGCUGAUAUUUAAUGCUUAGGGUAUACAACAGAGAAAGAUUUAGGUGAAUCUGUGG